AUUUUUUCUUAUCUUCCGUUUAACGAGCUCCGUAACGAGAUCUUCCGGUCCCAUCUCGAAACUAGAUCACACUGCUGAAUCCUUUCAACAUGUUUUAUGUGAUCACAAUUAGUGAUAGUUGCUCCGCCGGCGAAGCAAAGGACACCAGUGGGCCCCUACUGGUUGGGCUGAUUAAAGAAACGCUCAAAACCGAAUCCGUGAAUUAUCUGCUGAUUCCGGAUGAGCGGGAUUUGAUCGAGAAAUCGCUGCUAUACGCGUGUGAUGUGCUGAAGGUGCGUGCCGUUUUCACAACCGGCGGAACGGGAUUUGCGCCACGUGAUGUAACACCCGAGGCCACACGUGCCGUUAUCACAAAAGAGGCUCCCCAGCUUUCGCUCGCCAUGACGCUGCGCAGUUUGGAGAAAACCAAAUUUGCAGUCCUCUCGCGAGCCGUCUGCGGGAUCCGCGAUCGCACACUGAUCGUGAAUCUACCGGGCAGCAAAAAGGCGGUGCAAGAGUGCUACGAAUCGAUCGUAGAUGUACUACCGCAUGUACUGAAUCUGCUGAGUGACGGUGAAAUUGAGAGCGUACGCGAAACACAUCGCGAGGUACAGCAAGGAACGACCAAUACCAAACGGCAACACGUUUGUCCUCAUGCCACCGGAAAGGGAUCGGACGACGACCGUAACUCGCCGUACCCUAUGAUCAGUGUGGACGAAGCAUUGCAAAAAAUACUGGCAACGCUGCCUUCGAUUGAAACAACCAGGCCACAGAUGAGCCGAGUUAAUAUUCCACCAUUCCGAGCAUCGAUCAAGGAUGGCUAUGCACUAAAGUCGAUCGGUGGCAAAGGAAUGAAGAAAGUUAUCGGUUACAUUGCGGCCGGUGAUGCGAUCGUCCGUACCAACUUUACGAUCGACGAGUGUUACAAAAUCAACACGGGUGCGCCUCUGCCCGAGCACGCGGACGCCAUCAUCCAGAUCGAAGACACUAAGCUGAUCUCGCGUGAAAAUGAUUACGAGAGAAUGAUCGAAGUGCUGACCGAUCCGGAACCAUCGCUUGAUGUUCGCGCGAUCGGUAGCGAUCUGCGGAUGGCAGAGGAAGUGUUCCGCUACCGUUUCCCACUUGAUGCAAGCCAACGCGGUAUGUUGGCAUCCAUCGGAGAGAAGGUGUCGCUGGUGAAGUUGAAGGUGGCCAUUCUUUCGACCGGUGAUGAGCUUCUUCACCCGUACGAUGCUAUUCCGGCAGAGGGAUCGCUUGAGGGAAAGAUUUACGAUUCCAACACCACCAUGCUGGUGGCCCUGAUUCGCCAGUUCGGUUUCACCGAAGAUCAGUGCGAGAUUCGUCAGCAAGUCGUGAAAGAUGACUUCGAGUCACUGGAAAAUGCCGUCGCUUCGUUAACGGGCUCGAUGCACGUUAUCAUCUGCACCGGUGGUGUUUCGAUGGGUGACAAGGAUUUCGUUAAACCCGUGCUAAAGCAUCUUGGGUAUAAGCUAGUGUUCGGUCGGGUUAACGUUAAACCAGGUAAACCCUGUACCUAUGCCAGCAGUCCAACGACCAAGUUCUUCGGUUUACCGGGCAAUCCCGUUUCGGCAUUCGUAACAUUCCAUUUGUUCGCUCUGCCUGCUUUACGAUGGUAUCUUUGUGCAAUCAACGAGACGAAACCACAGAUCGCUAAGUGUUGUCUGCCCAUGAUCGAUGUUGAGCUGCUGGAUUCAAUCAACGAACUGGAUCCUCGUCCAGAGUUCGCCCGAGCGACGAUACGCUCCAGGAAGGGUAAACUGUUAGCAAGCGUUACCGGUAAUCAGCUAAGCAGCCGCUUAAAGAGUACCAUCGACGCUGACGCGCUUAUCGAACUUCCGGCGAAAACAGGAGAACGCACAUCACUCAAAGCUGGUACGCUGGUAAAGGCGUACGUUAUACGAUCGGAUUUCGUUUCCUACUACGACUAACGAGCAUCCCUUUACUCCAAACUCAAAGGACAUCCGAUUUUGUUCAGUUUAGCGGUAGAACUGGCCGUUUGUUUUGUUUAAAAUAAAACGCAUUUGUAGAGUAG